AUGACGAAACGAAAAAGUGGGUAUAAUGCGCCAAGCAUUUGUAUAACGGAAGAUUAUCGAGAAAUAUCGGUAACCGGAAAUAAUUUUGUCUGUUUUACUUACGGCGAGCAGGAAUUCGUCAAUCCGCUUGCGGGUGGAAAUUAUCCAUCAAAGCUUAAAAAUUUACUGAGAAUGGGACAAUACAAUGCAACUGUUGCCGAAUAUCCAUUAGGCUCACAUUGCACGAUGAAUUAUGCUCAUUUUUCUAAU